GAAUUGGCAAUAGACUCAAUAGUGAAUUAUGAAUAGAUCUUAAUUUUAAUCUAGAUUUAAAAUUAUCAUUAUCAAUGAUUAUGAGUAGUUAAAUCAGACAUGUCAAACUCAUUAAGCCAUUUAAGGGGGUAAGGUGUAUGGGCCACAUAAAAACUUUUUAUGACCUGAGGGGCCGCAGCCAAAAAUCAGUUGCAAAACAGCCUACUUACUAGUUUUAUGUAGAUCUAAAUUAGAAACAAUACAAUAGAAUACAUUAAAUGAUUAAUUAAUAGCAUUCCUUUCCCUAAGUUAGCUAAAUUUGUAGUACAAUUUUGUAAUUAAAAAUUACUAUGACUACGCAUUAUUUUGUUUGUCCUGAUGCUUGACAUCUUUUCUGGGAUACAAUUUUAUUAAUGUCAGGUUGAAGUUUGUUUGCCACUGACGCUUUCAUCACUGAUGACAAAUUUUGAUCAGAUAAUCUCGAACGGUGAGGUGUUUUUUUUGGUAGCUUUCAUUAUGGAAAAUAACUGCUCACAACUGCUUCAAACAUAGCUAGAAUUCUGGCUGCAAAUUUCCGCAAUUCAACGAACUUUCAGAAAUGUAUCUAUUACAUUCAAGCACCAAGCAAAACAUUUCAAUACCAUACCUUUGGAAAGCCAUCGCACUUUAUAAAGAAUGAGUCUCCAUUUCAUUACAAAUUCUUUUAAACUGACGAUGAUAGAGUGCUUUUGACAAGAUGCUGUUAAAAAUCUUGAUUACCAAAUUCAUGACCUCAACUAUUUUGGCCAGAAAUGUUUGGGCACAAAGCGCUUCUUGGUGUAUUAUGCAGUGAAAUACAACAUGGAAAACUUGCCUGAUGAGAUACUUUUACAGAUUUUUUCAAAACUUUCUUUCAUCGAUCUGUUAUCAGGAGUCAGAUGUACUUGCUGGCGCUGGUAUCAUUUAUCUUCAGACUCUACAUUGUGGUCUAAUAUAGAUCUGUCACUGAUCAAAUGUUUUAGAAGUACAGACAGCAUUCAGUCCGGCAUCAAAGUGAUGCUGAGAGAAGUUCACAGUUGUUUGGAACAUUUGACUUUUAGUAAUAUACCAGUCAAUGGUGGAAUUUAUGAACUUUUUGGGUCAUGUUGGAAGCGAAAGAACAAAGUGAAAUUUGAAAAACUUAAAUCCAUAGAUUACUCCUACAGUGAUGUUUCUUCUAGAAACCUCCGUGUUGCCCUAACAAACCAUCCUGACAUAGAAGAACUUAUCUUAGUUCAUACAAAAAUUACAUUAGCACAAGUAUUAGAUGAAGCUAUUCAUCUUCCAAAUUUAAAAUGUCUGGUUUAUCAUGAUUCAAAAUCAAGAGAUAUUAACUCGGAUCGACUAAUUAAUAAGCUCAUUGUUAUGAAAGUUCCCAGACAUUGCCAACACCUUGAGGCUGUAGAAUUACAUACUUUGGUAGCUGAUUUGGAUUGUGAAGUCUUAUCUCAGUUUUUUAAAUAUUGUACGAAGUUGAGAAAACUUUCUUUGACCUGGUCUACAAAUAUGACUGCAGAUUCUUUUGCUUCAGCUAACCUUUGUGGGCAAUACAUUACACAUCUUGGUCUUCAUGACAGGCAGCAGACUGGACCAUAUUUAGACUUUGUUCUCCCACAUUUUCCCAACUUACUUCAUUUAACUGUUGGUGGAAAAAACAUUCAUUUGGAUGAUACUAUAGCCAUCAGUGAGUUUUCACCUAAGUUAAAAGAACUGGAGCUGGAGAUUAGCUGUGAAGAUGUACUAGAGUAUAACUUGACAAACUUCUUCAACUCAUUGUGUGGCUUGCAGCUGCAAAUCAUUGCUGAAAAAUGCACAUUGCUAACAAAGUUGCAUGUGCCAUGUUCUAACAUUGAUGAUGACAGUGUCAUAUUUCUUGCCAAACAUUGUCUUUUCUUAGAAGACUUGAACUUUUCUCAGUGUCACCGGUUAACCAAAAAUUCACUUUUUGCUUUAUCCAAGCAUUGCUUACGUUUGAAAAAGGUGAGUCUGCAAGACACAUUAAUAGAUCAUAGAUAUAUGAUAGGUUUGGUUACCAAAUGUUCUAAUCUUGAUGAAGUCAUUUUGGACCAUAAAUCACCGGAAAUCUCCUCUCUAGCAACAAGUGCAAUGUCGACCAGUGUUUCAACUGAGAUUGAAAACAAUCAUGUGGAUCUAUGCCCUAGAGAGGAGGAUAUUCCUUUCAUUGACAUGACCCUUAGUGCUGAGGAGUUAGAAAUGCAACAUGUUUUGUUCAAUAAUUUAAGCAGUCCAGAAUCUUCCAAUCUGAGCAGCAGUUGUGAUGCUUGCUUCAUGUAUCCUGAAGCUGUAACAUGCACUCCAGUUAAAAUCAACCAUUGCCAUUUGAAAAAGCUUUCAUUAAAAUAUUCCUUAGCCAAGGAGAAAUAUCUUCAAGAAAUUAUUAGAGAGUGUCCAGAUCUAACCUAUGUCUCACUUGAUGGUUCUAAACACUUGACUGACAAUCUAAUCAUUACUCUGGCCAAAUGUUGCCCAAAUCUGAGACAUCUUGGAAUUUCCUCCACUCCCUCCCAGAGCACUGAGGGGGAAACAACUUUUGGUGAUGCUGCCUUGCUGGCUUUAGUUCAGUGCUCUCACAAUUUGGAGGUGCUGCAAUGUUUAUACAACUGUAACAUUACCUCCAUUGGUGUAACAGCGCUGUUCCAAUCAUUAAGUACUACUCUGCGCUCUCUCACAUCAUUAAGUCUUUGUGUUGGUUUGGGUUAUUCUUGUAACAUUGCUACAGUUGUGUUACAUGGAUUUAAGUAUUUGACAGAACGAUCUAAACAACAACUUAAAGAUGCUUCUGCAACUGCACGAGGGAUAAGUUUUAUAGUGCUGCAUUUAGAUCUUUUAAAAAAAAGAUAGGUAAUUUUGCAAGUAAGAUGACUUUAAUAGAGAUGAAUAUUAUCAUUUACUGAUAUUUAGUUUUCUUUUUUCAAAGAGAAAAGAUUUCACUGUUAAUUUCUAUUUAAGUUUUUUUUGUUCAAUAAAAACUACUGAGAAGUAGGAGAUUUUCCAUAAUUGUAUUAAAACUUUUGUGAUAUUUUAAUUCCUGUCUCAUUGUCAUUUGUGAUAUCAGAAUUUAAAUAUUCCUGAUACAUACCUCUGCCAAAAUCUCUUGGGGGGUAUUGUUGGCUCCACAAAUAACUUUUUUUUCAUCCUUAGUGCCUCAUACAGCCUAAGUCCCAACAAUUCCUUGCAGUUGUUUUCCUUUCAUUUCUUGUACCUGCCUCUCUUCCUUUUUUUUUUUUCGACGUGCUUUGUGACAUGAUAGUACCACACAAGUUAAUAUUCCACAUAGUUAAUAUUCUUUAAACAAUGAUCAUACAUUCCUUAGUAUUCUUUGAAAUUAAUUGAAUAAAUCACAUAGAAGACAUAACAAAAAGAUGCGAUUUAAUGUCAUAGACUUUCUAAGAAUUUCAAUUUAUUUUGUUAUAAUAAAUGUAUAUUUUUAAAAACAUGUUUUGUUUAGAAACUUAAAUUAAUAACAAAGUUUUUAUGUGCCAGCAUGAUUUCAAUACAAAUUUUAGUACUCCUGUCAAUGCAGAUAAAAAUGUUUUUUUCCCCUGCAUGCUUCAGUAGCUAGUUACAGGGGGAUUGAAAAAGAAUGCAGCAAAUCAUCUCACACUUAUUAAUUUUGUAAGCAUUGUAAUGGACUGAAUUAGUGAUCAUUUGAUACAGGAGUUGUAACUGGGUGUCAAUUUUAACUUGUCUUUGUAGGAAAAUCACUUAUUUACUCUCAAAAUGGAGACUUAGUGGUGGAUUGGUAGAAGUGCAAAAGAUAUUGCUCGCUGUGCUUGACCUGCCAGGUCCCCUGACCUCAUUGUGUGCAACUUUUUUUUUUCCUCUGGGGGUAAGUUUGUUCCAGCAUGGCCAGUAAAUAUCAAUGACAUGAAAGAUCCAAUAAUAGCUCUACAGUUAACACAGUGAACUUGGUCAUCCUGAAGUCCGUUGGGGAGGAAUUUUCGUAUCAGCUUGAUAUCUGUGCCACUAGUGGUGGUCCCUUUGAGCAUUUGUAAAGCAUAAAAUAAAAAUUUGUAUACAAAUUUUAUGCUAUGAAUCAUUUGGUUUAUUACAAUUUUGAAAUAUAUACUAUACCAAUGGUUUUGGCGCAUUGUUUUAAACAACCCUGCAUUUAAAAUUACCGUAUAUUAACUAGCAAUUUGAUUAUUCCAAUUUCAGUAUUUAUUUACUUGUCUAUGUAUUGCCUAUUAUCUAGUCUAGUAGACAAAUUGAGUUAAUUGUCACAAUAUGAAAAUGUUUUUUUCUUAUUAGAUUUUAAGAUGGAUCUACAUUCCAUACUAAUGUAGGCUUACAUAAAUAUAAUUACUUCCUGUGUUAGCUUAAAAAAACAAUAGUAUCAACUGAGAAAGGCUAUUUCAAAUUUAUUUCUUUUAACUUGGAUCAAAGAAAUGUCAAAUAUGUACAAUGUCAAUAUGCUCAAUUUGUCAACAAAAAAAAAAACACAACUUGUGUUUGAUUGAUGAAAUGUAUUACAUUCAAUUCAUUAAAGGUUACAGUUAGUCUUUUCAUGCACAUUAAACUUGCAUAGUCAACUAUUGAGUCAGCAUAUUCAACUAAACACAAAAUUACACAUGUAAAAUGGAAGAAAUUAGUUUUAAUGUUACUCUCUUUACUGUAAUUAUACAAUAAAACAGGCUGCAAUAACUUACAUACAUGACUGUUUCAACAUUAGAAUUACAACUCUUUGUGAUGUCCACAAAAAUGGCACAAAUAUUAACAAAGAAUAUUCACAAGUAAAAUGUAAUUGUCCACACUAACUUUUCUUCUUCAGGAAAGUGGUAAAGUUAUAAAGCUUAAUAUAAAGAUAAGUUUCCCAUUAUGAAAAAAAAAAUAUUCCUUAGCCAAGGAGAAAUAUCUUCAAGAAAUUAUUAGUGUCCAGAUCUAACCUAUGUCUCACUUGACUGACAAUCUAAUUACUCUGGCCAAAUGUUGCCCAAAUCUGAGACAUCUUGGAAUUUCCUCCAUUCAGCAUUGAUAUUGUGUUAUUGAGUGGUGUGGGACAAAAGUUAACUGCUAUAAUGUGCUUGUACCUUAAAACAAGUCUUUUGAUUUUUUUUAAAAUACCAAUAUUUAAUUUAAAUUACAUUGAAAACUGGUUGUUGUUUUUUUAAUUAGGGAAAAAUUGUAAGUUCAGAUUUAGAGUUGUAGUUCUCUUUUAUGAGGAAGGAGCUUACAAUAAAAUUAUUUUUGUGUGUGAGUGGUAGCAGUAGUAAUACAUUUUAGAAAGGAACCUACAAAACAAAAGUUCACUAAUGUUGAAUGGGUUUAUUUUAUUUUUUGGUUAUAAAGCAUAACUGUUUGCCCUUUUGUGGAGGGAAAACUGAAUCUUAAAGUUGUCUGGGGAGAAUCUCAUAAAAUGAGAACAAGUCUUCCAAUUGCUUAAUGAACAACUAGAAAUAGAAAAAGAAAUGACACAUUAGUGCAAUAGAACUAAUUUUGAUAUAAUAAAGUAUUUUAGUUUUUAAAGACAUAAUUCAAAUAAAAUUCUCAGCAAAUGCCUAUACCCAAU